CGUACAGCAUGUUCCGGCCCAAGCGCUACGCGGGCACCAAGGAGGACCCGAACCUCGUCCCCUCCAUCAGCAACAAGCGCAUCGUGGGUUGUGUCUGUGAGGAGGACAACAGCUACGUGGUUUGGUUCUGGCUACACAAGGGCGAGGCCCAGCGCUGCCCCUCCUGUGGUGCCCACUACAAACUGAUCCCCCAUGAGCUGCCCCACUGAGGGGCCGUGGGACCCCCACCCUCAGCUCCCCGGGAUUCUGGGGCCUGCUGAGCCCUUUGAAUCGGCCCAGAUAAAGAGGUUGUGUGGAGA